CGGAAAUGCUUGUGCCGCCGGACAUGAUGGCCGCCCAGACGCGCAUGGUCUAUCAGAUGAAUCGCUUUUGCGCCGAGCGGGUGCAGGCCAGGAUGUUCAGGACGGCCACCGCCAUCCGGGAGAUCUGCAAGAUCGUCCAGGACAUCCUCAAGGAGGUGGAGCUGCAGGAGCCGCGAUUCAUCUCCAGCCUCGUCGAGUGCAAUGGCAGGUUCGAGGGUGUCGAGGUCAUAUCCCCGAAUGAGUUCGAGAUAGUGUUGUAUCUGAACCAAAUGGGCGUCUUCAACUUCGUGGACGACGGCACUCUGCCGGGAUGUGCGGUCCUGAAGCUGAGCGAUGGCCGGAAGAGGUCCAUGUCCCUGUGGGUGGAGUUCAUCACGGCCAGUGGCUACUUGUCCUCCCGGAAGAUCCGUGCCCGCUUCCAGACGCUGGUGGCGCAGGCCUGCGACAAGAGUGUCUAUCGCGACAUGGUCAAGAUGGUGGGCGACACCAGCGAGGUGAAGCUGCGGGUUCGGGAGCGCUACGUGGUCCAGAUCACGCCCGCCUUCAAGUGCUCCGGCAUCUGGCCGAGAUCGGCGGCCCACUGGCCGGUCCCGCAUCUCCCGUGGCCACAUCCCAAUAUCGUGGCCGAGGUCAAGACGGAGGGAUUCGACCUGCUGUCCAAGGAGAGCGUCAUCAUGCAGAACAAGAACAACAAUGCCGCCAGCAUGGAGGGCGAUGCCUGGGUACUCAGCUUCUUUGAGGCCGAAAAUCGCCUUCUACAAGGCGGCUGUCGCCGGCGUUGUUUGAGCAUGCUAAAGACGCUGAGGGACAGGCACAUGGAGCUGCCGGGCAAUCCCAUCAGUGCGUACCACCUGAAGAACCUGCUGCUCUACGAGUGCGAGAAGCAUCCGCGCGACUUCGAGUGGGACGAGAGCUGCAUAGCGGACCGGAUCAACGGGAUCUUCCUGCAGCUGAUAUCCUGCCUGCAGUACCGCCGAUGUCCUCACUAUUUCCUGCCCGGACUGGACAUGUUCAAGGGCAAGUCGCCCAGUGCUUUGGAGCAGGCUGCCAAGCAGGUGUGGCGAUUGACCCGCGAGCUGCUCACAAAUGCCAAUGCCUUCGAAAAGUUGUAAGGGGUUGUGGGUGGAGGG